AUGGCGACGCGUAUGCCUCUCCGGAGCGCUUCGGACGCAACCCGAUUCACAUCUACCACCCCGCACGCCUCUUCGAAGCAACCCCCCGUACCCGCCGCUACAUCGAAAGCUCCAUCCGCCGCGAGCAGGCUAUCAGGCAAUGGACCCAAGAAGGGUGGCGAGACACCUGAGGAGCGCGUUCGAAGGCUAAGAGCUGCACACGAGGCCGCACGAAAGGCCCAGGUGUCUGGAUUUGACAAGGCUGUCGGCGGUGGACGACGUUUCUUUGAUGUUGCGCAUCGCGUCACUAUUGCAGGACUGCUAGGAUUCACUGCCCUUGCCGGCCUCAUCUCCGUCUAUUCCGUCUACGACAUGGUCACCUACAACCGCAAGCGUCGCGAAGACUUUACCGAAGCCCAAAAGCUCAUGGACGCCGACUCCCUCUCUGCCGCCCGUAUCGCUUUCAUCAACGGAACCGCGACCGAGGACCAGAUCCAGCUCGUCGAGGACGCCAACGCUCAGGCCCGCGAGACGGGUGUCAAGCUGCCCCCUCUGCUGGCGCCUGCGCCGCCCACUGGCGCGUCCAUUGCCCUGGGCGCUGCCGCACCCGCUACCUCGAGGACUGAGGAGCCGAGCCCGGUGCUCGACGCGCUGGCGAGGGAGGAGGAGCUCAGGGCUCUCGAGGCUAGGAGUGGAAAGACGGGAGGAAGCUGGUGGCCCUUCUCGUCGAGUGCGGCGAAGGGUGAGUCUACGACGGGAAGCGAUGUUGUCAAGGCCGUGCAGGGAGGCAAGGAGGCGAUUCGCGAGUCUGCGCACGCGGCGUUCGAGAAGGAGAAGGAGGCUCAGCGUCAAGGGGGUCCGCUGGAUAAGGUAGGGUUGGAGGGAGAGAAGAAGAAGGGCUGGUGGUGA